AUGGAUCCGGCUUUGGAAUUGAUGACUAAUUUGUUGAUGCGAGAUGGCAAGAAGUCUCAAGCUCAACGACGUAUGUCAAGGAUGUUGGAAUCGAUUCAAAGAGCUACAAACCUCCCUCCUGUCCCCCUCAUCCAUCGCGCCCUCUCCCUCGUAUCACCAGCUGUCAGAGUGACAUCCGUUGUCAUCUCCCGUCGAGCCAAAGAUGUGCCCAAAGCAUUGGACGAAAGACAACGAAUAGGUCAAGCCAUACGUUGGAUAUACAGAGCCGCAGAGAGAGGUCGCAAAGCUGGUGUACCGAGAGAGACGAGGAUCGCGAGGGAGAUAUUAUCCGCUAUGGCUGCAAGAGCGCAAUUAUCGACAAACUCUGGCAGGCGAUAG